UUUAAGUCCAUAAUUUGUGUCUCUCUUGUCGCAGUGAGUAACAUCAUGGACGUGUACCUGAACAGCAGUGGACCUGUGGAGGCUCUGAAGGGGGAGAGGCUGGUGUUGAACUGCACCGCCACCGGGGAGUUGAACACCAGAGUGAACAUCACCUGGGACUACCCCGGAAAGAUCAAUAACACCGGCUCCACCUCCAAACGGCUCCUGAAACACAGAACGCACAUGUUGUUCUACAAUAUUCUGACCAUCCCGAAGCUGCAACGCUCCGACCGAGGCCUGUACACCUGCCGCGUGACCAGCGGGGAGAAAACCAAAGAGCAGAGAGUCAAUGUCACGGUCUUUGACCGUCCGUUUAUUCGCCUGAAGCCCAGACAUGGAUCUGUGAUAAAAGUACAGGCAGGACAGAAAUCUUACAGAAUCUCUCCCAAACUGCGAGCGUUCCCUGAACCUCAAGUCAUCUG